GGGAGGGUGUCAGAUUGAAGGCUCUGUGCGCAUGUGCAAAGGUGUCCGAACUGACAAUGCUCGGGAGAUGAAGAUAGCGGGGCAGAGCUGCUGCGGGUUCAAGGAGACACCGAGUCCGCCGCCACGAUGAGAUCUAAGGCGCGAGCGAGGAAACUGCCCAAAGGUGACAACGACAUUGUGAAUAAUAUGUAUGAAACCGAGGCAGACCUCCUAGCAGGCGAGAGCGCCGAGGAAGAGACGGAAGACAGCAUCAUGUCACCCAUCCCCAUCGGACCUCCCUCCCCUCUCCCUACGGGAGAGGAUUUCAACCCCAAGGAAGGCUCGCCGUACGAAGCGCCGGUCUACAUCCCCGACGACAUUCCAAUCCCACCUGACUUUGAACUGAGGGAGUCUUCCAUUCCAGGGGCGGGGCUGGGCAUUUGGACCAAAAAGAAGCUUGAAAUUGGGGAACGGUUCGGGCCCUACGUGGCAUUUCCAGGGAGUACGUUGAAGGAAACGAACUUUGGAUGGGAGCAGCUCUUGACUGCUGGGGAUGAAAGAGCCCCUGCACAUCUCAUGACCUUCCGAGAGACAAAAUUAGCCAAAAUCCGUCCGUGA